AUGGAAGAAGACUUUGAAUGCAAGUAUCUCUUCAAAAUCAUCCUGAUCGGAAACAGCGGGGUGGGCAAGACAUGCCUAAUGAAAAGAUACGCCGAUGAGACAUACAGUUUUACACAAUCAAGCACGAUCGGUGUCGAUUUCAAGGUAAAGACAGUGGUGAUUGACCAUGAGAAGGUAAAGCUGCAGAUAUGGGACACUGCGGGGCAAGAGAGAUUCCGGGCAAUCAUAUCGAACUACUACAGGGGGGCAAACGGAAUAAUCAUAGUGUUUGACAUGGGAAGCAAGGAGUCAUUUGAAAAUCUUGGAGACUGGAUCCGUGAAGUCAAGAAAAACACAAAUGAAAAUGUUGAAAUAGUUGUUCUAGGAAACAAGGUUGAUGACAAGGAAAGAAUUGUUGUUACCGAAGACGAAGUCGAUGAGUUUUUGAAAACUCACGGAAUCGAUAAAAAUGCAUUCUAUAUGACAAGUGCAAAAGACAACAUCUGUGUGAAUGACAGCUUCGAUUUCCUGACAAGAAAGCUCGUUGAAAAGUACAAGAAAAUUGGAUUUACUACCGCCAAAGGCUCCUCAAAGUUUACUGUGGGUGAACCAAAGAAUACUUGCUGCAUGUGA